AUGCCAGCGGUUUUCCAGGACCGAGCUGCCAUCUCUCUCUACGAUGUGCAAUUCUCCACCUCGGGGGAGCGUGGUCCAAUUCCUCUUGAGACGAUGGAUCAAGUCGUGGACGGACUGGUUCGAUUCCAGGCUACGUGCGAGGAUUUCGGGGUACCAACCCAGAAUAUCUAUGUCCUGGCCACCGAGGCCACUCGGACUGCACCCAAUUCCCAUGAGUUCAGGACCCGGAUCCAGGAUCGUACAGGCUGGGAGGUCCGUCUUCUAUCAAAAGAAGACGAGGGCCGGUUCGGCGCCCUGGGUAUUGCAAGCUGUUCCUAUUCCGUUGCGGGACUUGCAAUGGAUCUUGGAGGGGGGAGUACGCAGAUCACCUGGGUAGUUGAGAAGGACGGGGUCCUUACGACGAGCCCCAAGGGCUCCUUUAGUUUUCCUUAUGGUGCGGCAGCCUUGACGAUGCGUCUGGAGAAAGCGCGGAAAGAGGGUCACAAGGCAGAAAAGGCACUGAGGGAGGAGAUGACCAGAAACUUUCGAGAGGCAUAUAAGCGCUUAGACGUACCCCAGUUCAUGACGGAUUCUACGGGGCAUCUGGAUCUCUACCUUUCUGGUGGGGGAUUUAGAGGCUGGGGCUACGUUCUAAUGGCACAGUCCACAAUCCGCCCAUACCCGAUCCCCAUCAUCAACGGAUAUAGGGUCAGCAGGAACUCUUUCUACGAUACCGUCUCCGUGCUCGAUAUGGUAUCCGAUGCUGGUGACGACAUCUUUGGCGUGUCGAAGCGACGAGCAUCCCAGAUUCCAGCUGUGGCUUUUCUCGUCAACGUCAUCAUGGAUGCGCUGCCAAGCAUCACGCACAUCCAAUUCUGCCAAGGGGGAGUCCGCGAGGGGUUCCUCUUUGAUCGAAUGCCCGAGGCAAUUCGAUCCCAGAACCCCUUGGUGGCGGCAACCUUGCCAUAUGCACCUCCCUCCGCCGACGCAAUCCGACAGCUUCUCGCAUCAGCGUUCCCAACAUCUUCCUCUCAUUUGGCCUCUUUCCGUCCUCCCGAUUCAUUUACCAGCGGUCUCCUCACCGCAAUUGCAAAUCUACUUUUUAUCCAUUCCCAGGUCCCGCGAGAGUCGCGGUCGGCCGCUGCCUUACACAGUACAUCGACGGGGAUUUUGGCCUCCGUGAAUACACUUUCUCAUGUGGAACGAGCCCUAAUUGCGCUUGUUCUCUGUGAGCGUUGGGCAGGAGAUCUCGCACCGACAGAUCAAAUCCACCAACAGCAAUUGGCUCGGUGCGUCUCGGCACCAGAAGCAUGGUGGUGCCGGUACCUAGGGCGCGUGGCCACCCUGAUCGGAGAUAUCUACCCCGCUGGCCGCGUGUCGACGGCACAUUGGAGGAUCGGGUUGGAGACGGAGUGGGACAUCGUGACGAAGAAAAGGCGAUGUGAUCUAUUACGUCUCCGGGUGACGUGCAACCAUUCCAGCGGAGUUGUCGAAUCUAUGGAAAAGAAUGAGCUGCCGCAGAGAGCCGAGAAGAUCGAAAGGUUGGGAAAGAAGAAGAACCAGAUUGAGGGGUAUGGCGUUAAAGUGGGGGUUACUGUGAGCUAG